AUGGCUUCUUCACUUUCACUUGUGCUUGGAUACGUGGUCGUGUUAACAUUUUUCAUACUCCUCAACUCCGAAGAAACAUUAUCAUCGCGGCUAGUGAGAACCACGGCUAAAGUAGCUCAGAUUGGAGCCGAUGAUUAUCCAUCUUCCGGUCGUAAUUCACCUGUCCGUGACCUCGGAUUCCCUGACUUUCCAUCUUUCCAAGAAGCAGUAGCAGCUCCACCGCCGCCUCCUCCUGAUAUGCCUCUGCUUCCACCACCGCCGACAUUUCCCGACCUUGAAAGCCCUAGGAUUCCGGUGCCGGUUUGGCCUUCUCAGCCCGGUUUCCUGCCCUUUCCGUUCACAGAUCAGGCCCCUCCUUCCGAACCCUUUGGUCCAAGAUUCGACGAGUCCGACAAUUGGCUGCCUUCUACCCCAAGUAUCCUUCAAGGGUUUCCUUGA